UGGAUAACAUUUUGCUGAAAGCAUAAAGAUUGAAGAACGCAUUCUUUGGUGGAAGGAAAUUUGGUAGUGAUAUGGGACCCUUAACGACGCUAAUGUUUCAUACAUGGUGCGCCUUCACCUUUCGCGUGUCCCGUGUGCUGGGCCAUGUCGUGUAAACUCUAAAGUUGGGGAAGAGUCACAAAGCCGAUAACGUCGGGCUGGUCGCAUUACUACUGCGGCGGGCUAGGUAGAGCAGUGGUCGGCUGUGUCGCCUUUUCGCCGUUUGCACAUGAUGCCGCCCCGGCGGGCGCCGUCGCGGUGGCGCCGCCUGCGGGCUGCCCUCUCGCCGGACCAGCUGCAGCGCUACCUCUUUAGCCCCGACUGCUGUGUGCCAAUGGCAGGGCUUCUACUGCUCGCCGAGUGCGUCAUCAACGUGGCCGUGAUCGAGCGCGUCAAGUACACAGAGAUCGACUGGCGCGCCUACAUGCAGGAGGUGGAGGGCGUGUGGAAUGGCACACUCGACUACUCGCGCCUGAGCGGCGACACCGGUCCGCUGGUGUACCCGGCCGGCUUCGUGUACGUCUUCCUCGGCCUGUACCAUGUCACUGCGCAGGGCGCCAACAUGAGGCUGGCACAGUACAUUUUCAUGGUCAUCUACCUGGCCAACCUGGCACUGGUUAGUCGCAUCUACGUGCGGAGCCGCAAGAUCCCGCCAUACAUGCUGCUUAUGAUGAGUCUUACCUCCUACCGCAUCCACUCCAUCUAUGUCCUGCGUCUCUUCAACGACCCGGUAGCGAUGCUGCUGCUUUACGCCAGCAUCAACUGCUUCAUGGACGGCCGCUGGUCGCUGGGCAGCGUGCUGUUCUCACUCGGCGUCUCGAUCAAGAUGAACGUGCUGCUGUUCGCGCCGGCGCUGCUGCUGGCCUACAUCACGUGCCUGGGCUGGGCCGGCGCCGCGCGCCAGCUGACCAUCUGUGCCGCGCUGCAGCUCGUGCUCGGCGCGCCGUUCCUCGCUACCAACCCGAUGGCGUAUGUGCGCGGCGCGUUCGACCUGGGUCGAGUGUUCCAGUACCAGUGGACGGUCAAUUGGCGCCUGUUGCCUGAGGCGCUGUUCCUGGACCGGCGGCUGCACGCGCUCCUGCUAGCACUACACGUGGUCACGUGCGCAGUGUUCGCCCGCCGCCGUUGGUACCGCUUUCUGGAAGGCUUCGCGCGCCUGCAGGCGGCCGACGGCCCGGCGAUUCGCUGUCAGCUGCUGCUGCUGCCGCUCUUCACGUGCAACCUGGUGGGCAUGGUCUUCUGCCGCUCGCUGCAUUACCAGUUCUACGUGUGGUACUACCACAGCCUGCCGUACCUGCUCUGGAGCGCCAACUUCUCGACGGCCACGCGGCUCUGCAUGCUGGGCCUGGUCGAGCUCUGCUGGAACACGUACCCGUCGACGCCGCUGAGCUCGGCGGCGCUUCACUGUUGCCACCUGGUGCUGCUGGGCGGCCUCUGGCGGACGGGCGCCGUGCUGGCGCAGGUGGCGCCACCGGUCGGCGUCCGCAAGCUCAAACAGUGACGUGCAGCCGUCAGUUACGUGCCUUCAGGUGUGUGGACCCGGGAACAAUGGCACGCUGCAGUCGUGGGCUCGGCACUGAGUUACUACACUGUGGCCGCUGGCGUGGUGUUGCCGUGUUAAGGGGUGGGGGUCGGGUGGACCGUAUCUAGUCUCGCAAUAAAGUUGGUAAA